UUGCGCUCCUGUGAAUCAGUCAAGGAGAACAGUAGCGGUGUGUGGUGAACAGCUUUGCUUCCAACUGCGUAGAUAAAUAACUAGAGGAGCGUAAAACUCCACGAGUGGAUCUUCAACAAGUGACGCCUGAUUUUAAAUGUUUACCUCGUCAGCCCUCCCGCGGAGAAGAGCGACUAUGGAUUUGGGGUGGCUGGUGUGCUUGGCGCUGACCAUCGGUGCUUGGUUUGCCUCCGCGGAGAGACACAGCGUCUACUGGAACAGCUCUAACCCAAACUUCCUGCAGGAUGAGUAUACGGUGGAAGUGCGUCUCAAUGAUUAUCUGGACAUCAUCUGUCCUCACUACACCCACGGUGAGGUGUCAUCGCACGCGGCUGAGCGCUAUGUGCUGUACAUGGUGGAGAAGAACGACUACGACGUGUGCAAACCUCGCUCUUUCGAUCAGCUCCGUUGGGAGUGCUCGCGGCCUUUUGCUCCCCACGCACCGGAGAAAUUCUCUGAGAAGUUCCAGCGCUUCACGCCCUUCACCCUGGGCAAGGAGUUCAGGCAGGGAGAGAGCUACUAUUAUAUCUCCAAACCGAUGCAUCACCACGGAGAGGACUGUCUAAGGCUGAGAGUGGAUGUGGCCGGGCAUAAAGGCAAUGGAAAGGCUCACCUAGACAAAUCCAAGGCCGAGGAGACAGGAAAAAGCUUAGAUAUGGAAAAAGGGAAAUUUCAGGCUGCAGGAGGAGUUCACAACCCCUCCAACCGGCUCCCAGCAGAUGACCCUGCUGUGAUGGAGCCAAACGUCCAGAGGAGUAUCGGCAACUCCGGAGCACAGCUGGUUUCCUUCUCGCUCCUAUUUACCACGAUCCCAGUCUUAUUGGCCUUGAUGCUGCACUAAGGCUGAACAGAACAGAGACAAUGCCAACCCGAUGCUGGUCGUCGGGACAUGGUCCCCCCCCACCCACCCCCCCAGAGAGACUUUUUUUUUAUGAAGAUUUUUUUAUACGAGCAUGGACAGUGCGUGUUGGUCAGUGUGUGUUUGGUGUGUUCGUUUGCCUGAGUGAGUCUGGAGCGUGGAUCGCUCCAAUAAAAGAGGACCUCAAGAUGUUUGUUUUUUUUCUUACUUAUUGCGAGGAUGGAAAUUCUCAGUUUUGACCAUUGAAGAUGCACACUUUUUUCAGCAAAAACCGCAAGCAACAUGAUCAAAGUAAAUAUCAAAGUGAAAACGACGUCAAAGAUUACCGUGGGUUUUCGUAUUUCCAUAUCACUGGUACAAGCGUGCGUUGCAUCAUUGAACUCAUUUUUCUUCCUCUACAUGUAGAGAAACUAUUGAUUGUGCGUGUUGUUGUCUGCGAAUGCCAAAGUGGUAUGUAGGAUUUUUGUCACGUUGUGUAGCACUCAGCUCCUCAUAUCUCUUCACGUUUGUCAAGGUGUCUGACAUUUAUUUCAGUUCAGUUUGAAGGAAACCCAUCGUCUCAUACAUAACUGAGGUUCUCAACCUUCUUUUUUUUUUGUUGGCUCAUUAAACCCAAUUAAAGGGGUGCCUACUGGUGCUUUUGCAGAAGAGAUGAAAUUAUUUUCCCAACUAAAUCCAUUAUUUAAUGUGGUAAUGUGUGCCGAGAAGAAAACAGUCCUCAAAAACGCAUUGAAAAUGUUAAGAUUCUUGAAGAAUAUAUUAAUCCUCGUUGAUCUCUUCCGUGUGAUCUGAGAUAGAGCGCCAUGGAUUAAGAAAGCAAAACUGAUGGAACCCAAAACCGAGAGGAAUUUAGGAGCUGAGCUUUUUCAGUACCUCUCCAUAUUCACUUAUUUCCACAGUCUUGAUGGUAUCAUGGUACACUGGCUGAUGUGAUCCCACCUCAAGCUGAAGGGACUUCCCACGAUAUCGUCUGUUUUUUCCUGUUAAAAACCUGUUAUCAUUUUGUAAAUGUUUUUAUGUAAAUUUGUACAUAGAGAAAACUAUAACUGUUUUAAGAUGUGAAAAAUCUUUGGUGACAUAAUAAAAAAAUGUGCUCUUAAAAAA